ACAUGGUGCCACGAAGUGAGAAGCAUUUCGUUGAUGCGAAAAUAACAAACCAAACAGGAACAAAGUACUAAACUCAGCUAACUGUCGAAGAUCUCCUACACUUUUCGAAAAUAUAUGGACUUCUUAUGCAGUUACCAGCAAAAUCACUCAGUGGCUUUCCCUCCGCGCAGCAAAUCGCCAAUUACAUUUAAGCAUUCAUUAUACCGUACAAGGGUAUAUUAAGUUCUUGAGGAUGUAUACAAGAACCCAGAAAGAGUUGAUUUAUUUGUGUCCAAUGCGCAACGUUACAUAUUAUGAAGAAAUUCGGUGAUUUGGCGUAAUGAUGCACCUUAUUGACAAUUAAUGGUGGGCCUUGACCCACUACCAUGUUUUCACUUGAUUUACUAUAUUUUGAAUAAGUUUAGCAGCGUUAUUUAAUGCUGCCUCACAUUAUAUGACGAUGAAUGACAGAUUAGAUUGAAAAGGUUGGAAGCUACUAAUCGGUGCGAAGAAGAGAGAAAUCAAAUCGACUGAUGCUUUUGUAGUGUGUACAUAAAACAAAAACAACACAACAAGUGUAAAUUUAAAGAAUUUUUAAUUAAGCUGGUAUCAAUAAAUUCAACAACAGUUUCAAAGCAAACGACAAAUGUCAGAAAAAGAACGAAAAUCCAGAAAUCUCCAAGCACUUGAUUGUUUGCCACUUUCGAGACAAUGCGCCCAUUGGGUAACUCGAAAGAAGCGAUUUUGCAAAAUGACCGUUGGCAAGAAUAAGGAGUAUUGCGGUGAGCAUGAACCGGCUGCUGAGGCGUCCCAUGGAUGCGAUGGGCAAGUUGAAAAUAACGAAGAAAGAAUAUUUUGCCCUUUAGAUAACAAGCAUACCAUAUAUAAGAAGAAUCUACGAAAACAUUUAAUAAUCUGCAAUGCUCGUCCCAAAAGAGAAAUGCCACCGUAUAUAGUUAAAAAUUUUAAUGCGGGCGAGGCAUACGACGACAACCAUUGCGAAAUUUUGCCAGAGUUACGUUUAGCUAAUCUUAGCGAUGAAGAUUUCUUUGCCGUAGUAGAAAAAGUUCGUGAUAUAUAUACGAAAUGCAUAGAUAAUAACAUUUCUUUCUUGGCACUCAAUCACGAAAGUUUGGAGCAGGAAUUAACCAAACAAGAGUAUGGGAAAGAGUCUCGUAAACAUUUAUCCCAGACCUCUGCAUUAUUAGGUAUUUUGAGUGCUGAGCAGCUUAUAAGCGAUUCAGCAUGUUUCGUGGAAUUCGGUGCUGGUAAGGGACAAUUGGCUUAUUAUUUAGCUACGCUGUUGGAGAAGAAAGAGAAUUCCCAAGUGAUAUUAGUGGACCGGAUGUCGUUGCGUCACAAAAAGGACAACAAAAUUAAAGAUCGCUCAUUAAUAACGCGUAUUCGGUGUGAUAUAGCUGACCUUGAUAUAGAAAAGUUACCAUUCAUUCGGCCAGAUCAGCAUGUUGUGGCAGUUUCAAAACAUUUGUGCGGUGCAGCCACAGAUUUGACUCUAAGAUGUGUAACACAAACAAAGCUGAAACAUGUAAAUUUCGUACUUAUUGCUCUUUGUUGUCAUCAUCGUUGCGACUGGGGUUCCUUCGUGGGUAAAGAAUUCUUCCAAGAACAUCAUCUUACUCCAAGAGAUUUUUUAAUUAUAACCAAGAUGGCUAGCUGGGCUAUAUGUGGCACAGGCAUGAGUCGCGAGCGUCGACUAGCGCUACAAAAGCAAGACAUACCACCUCAACAGGCCAGUGACACUAAGCAACGCUUAUGUUUAGCUGAAAGAGAAACAGUUGGGUUUAUGUGCAAACGAUUAUUGGACUACGCUCGCCUGAAGUUUUUGCAGUUGCACGGCUAUGAUGAAGUUUCAUUAAAAUACUAUAUCCCUAAGAAUGUAACAUUAGAAAACAUUGUAUUAUUAGCUAAAAGGGAAAAGGUUUUAUAACCACUUGUAUUUGAAAAUGAUUAUGUAACACAUAGAUUACAAUAUAUAUGUGAAAUAAUUUCCAUGAGCUACCUGAGGAACUGUUGCUGAGCCGAUUUUUCUCCUUUUUUUGCUCUUUUCAUCAAAUAAAUUAACUAAAUUUAAUAUUUAUCCAAUCCAUUAAUUUUGGACGACAAUUAUUUUCGAAAAAUUUGAGGAAUUUCAUUCGGAGAACUUAGACAGAAGGUGUAGACGGAAGGCUCCUUCGCCCCGUAGUUUCACACUGCAGGGUGGUUAAGAGUCGAAUAACGAAAUUGAAAAACGUACUUUCGUGUAUAAAAAGUAAAAAUCAAUUUAUAAAUUUCCUUUAAAUUGGACAAUGUUCGAAAUCAUAGACGGUUUUAUGGCUUGAGUAAGGUUGAGGUGUCGCAGCUCUUUUUGUAUUUUUACUUUUGUUUUUUUAGCUACCAAGCCUUCAUCGAAUUUUGUGUGAUUGUUAUUAACUAUUACCUUCGUCUUUGACAUAGAUGUCGCAUUAUCUCUGUCGUAGCUGGUUGUUUUGGCUAUCAAGUCCUGAGGAAUUUUAAAAUUGAUUGCACAAUCAUUGUGGUACGAAAAUUGUCGGUUUUAUUGUGAAGCACUUUGGCUGCCAUUUCGCUUCCAAAAUUCUUCUUUCU